AUCUCCCGAGAGCUGACUAAGGCUGCUGCUCGCAUUUCUUCUGUAGCUAGCAAUAGCAAUCUCUCUUGCUCCCUGCAAGAAAAAAAAAGAGAGAGAGAGAGAGCUAGCGAGGGAGAAAGAUCAAUAAUCGUCAAGCAAAUCUUGACUUCUGAGCUAGCUUCCGAUCCAUAUAUAUACACACACGUUGCUCACUGCUGUGCACAGCUGCAGCGUGCCCAUGGCGACGAUAAGGAAGCAUGUGUCCGUCCCCGCCAUCCUGCUAGCGCUGGCCGUCCUCUCCUGCCUGCUCCUCGUCUCCGCGGCAGGCAACCGGAGGGCUCUGCUGCCGAGGGAGCCAGCCGACACCUACGCCGGUGGUGGACGUGGACAGGUGGUGUUGCCGACGACGACGACGGCGGCGGAGGAGGGUGCUGCCGUGCUGGGAGCUGAGCUCGCUGAAGCCGAGCGGGACGAGACGAUGGUGGUGGAUACGGCGGCCAGGAGGGCGGGGCUGCUGCAGACUCAGGACUACCCGGGGUCUGGCCCCAACGGCCGCCAUGAUCCGCGGAACCCGCACUGAUUCUGAUUGAGCUUGUAUUGUCGUCCCGGAUGCUGCAUGCGCUGCCUCGACACUGAACAACACAACACGCGUAUAAUUAUGCGUAUAACGUAUUAUAUACAUACGCAUGUUUAGUCACACCAUAAUUUUGCAUAUCUAGCUAGACACACAUAUAAGUAGUCCACAUAUGAAGGAAAAAUGAAUGUCUGAAAUUAGUUCAUCUCGUGAAUGACAACCAAUAAGGCCGGCUGGCGCUGGCAUGUGAAUGCACUUCCAUCUUGUUUUCAGUUAAUUUUCAAGUACAAGUAUUUUGUGAUCAA